UCUUCUCACACUCCGCGCUCUACCCCGCACUUCCCUCCAUUCACAAAGCAACAUCCCAUCCAACAUUCCAACCUAACGAGUCUUUGGGAAGGGGAUUGCACCCCUGCGUUCGCGCUCAACAGUAACCAAUGUCUUCUCCUGUUCCUUCUACCGACCCUUCCUCUGCUUACGACGGUAGCAGUAGCAUCAAAGAAUUGCCUCUUGAGGCUACCCAGACACAUGAACCUAUCUACCCGCACUCCAAUACUGCUCCUAUGCUACAGCUAGCUGUACCAUUUGCAGGAACGCUUAUGGAGGAAGACCAAGCCUUAAUCUCCAAGAUCUACUCCAAUAUCGAGCAGUUACCGGAGUCAGAUCGACUGCAGUCCCAGUAUGUCAUCCUGUACUCAGACACUCUAUGCCCAAUCCUGAAGUACCAUGCAGAGCUGUUCUCCGAAAUCAUGCGCGUGCUCCCAGGUGUCAUUGAUGCAGGAACAGCAUUGACUGAGCAAAGGCUAAAUAUGCAGGGACAGCCACCACCACCGGACACAGCAACCAACAGCCAAAACGAUGGCUUCGCUUCGCCCAUUCUUUCGCCCUCCAAUAUUUUGGCACUUAUUGUAUCACCAAAAUCAGAUACUCAUAUCAAAGUGAUGCUGCCCGAACCCUUCCACCUGGAUCUAAUCGAUCGGAUACGAAUGGCGGACAUUCAAGCAAAGAACUCGCCACCUUGCCUUCGGCGUGUGCUCCUUGUAGAUGACUCUUGGGCUCGCCUGCAGGUCAAGCAUAGUCCUUUGGUGAUCUGGCGAAGUACAGAUGCAGCUCGGGAGCACUAUGUUCAGUCUUUCGCCCGCGAGUGUCAACGGCUGCAGAGUCUUUUGGCAUGCAUUGCCGCAACGUCUAGGAUGGGCAUUGGACCUAUGGAUUUGAUCUGUGUGGUGGAUCAAUUUGAAUCAGAGGUCUAUGGAGUUCCAGCUGGCAUUCGAAGCAAAGUGAUCUUUAUCGUGACAAAGGACCGCGAGGAACGACCCAAGGCAGUGGCACUCAAAACAAGCAGACAUUGGAUCGACCGAAUCUUUCUGAGGUCAGGUUAUGAUCUGACUUGGAUACAUGCGAAUGUAAUCCCGCUUUAUGUCGAACUCCCUGGUGCAUCCAGCCUCAGUCUGGCAGGCCAACGAGUGGACUCGACUUUUAGAGGCACCGGUAUUUACCUGUCAUCGAAGCGACCACAGGAGGCAUAUGUGAGGGUCAAAGUGCGAGAGGGAGAGGGAGAAGAGGUACUGGAACGCAGUGUGCUGGAGGAAAUUGGGCGGACCGAAAUAUUUGAGAUGCAGGCGAUACGCAAGCCAAUGUUUGAAGAAUUGAUGGAGAACAUGUCCCUGGAGAGUGACAUACGCGUAGGUGGAAGAGGCAGGAAGGAUAACGAGGAGAGUGGCGAUGGUGAGACCAUUGCUGAUACAAAUCCGUUUCUGUGAAGCCAAAUAUCUUCUCUAACAUAUAGCAAUUGGCAUGUGGCCGCGAAUGUAGACCGGCAAAGCCUCGUAGCAGCAGUGGUAUUUAUGCAGUGGUAUAAAUUCUGCCGCGCACCGCCUAUAAAAAGACGGCGAAUUGGGC